AGCAAACGCGAAACGCUUGUAGAGCGCACUUCUUUCAGUAAUCAAUGUGCCAUCAUGGCUACACAUUGGCGAAUCGUUUUGCAAUUCUAUGCACUAACCAUCAUCGUUCUACUGUUUCCGGUAUGUAUCGCACAACUGUCCCAGACUUCAACUGACAACAGUGAUCCAAGGUCACAAAGUUCAAGUGGAUUCGGCUACGAAUUACUCCGCAGUCAGCUGGAUGAGAUGCACGCAAGCAUUUUACAACUGCAACAAAAUGCAGAAAGUCGCAAUGAAUGUACCGGGUUGAACAAUAACAUUGCUACCAUUCUGAACCGCCUGGAAACGAUCGAGAAGGGAUUGAAAGCAUCGACGCCAGCACCUUCCGCUGUAACAAACAUUCCAGCGGUUCGCUCUGAAGAGGGAGGACUGAAAAACGUUUUCGAUAACAUUAUGAAAACACAAUUGAAUAAGUUUCAGCAUCAGUUCAACUCUAGAAUGGGUAACACUCCGGUUCAAGAAGCUACUCCUAUCCCAUCAAUUUAUGAUAGAGUGUACGACACCUGUGACGACGUUCCUUGGUCGGGCGUAUGGAAGAUUCGAUAUGGCAUACAAAUUUCAAAUGUUAACUGCAUUAAAUUUUAACGUGUCGACUGAAGCGGAAUGUAAAUAAAUGUAAUGUAAUUGUGCAAAAAUGUGCAUAAA